AGAGUGUUGCUAUCUGACAUUGGAGAAGGAUAACGCCAUGGCGAUGCUGCACUGAGUGAGAACCUCACCACCGCCCUCGAAUGGCGAGCAUCACGGCCACCUCCGCCUCUUCCUUCCUGCAAUCCACCAAGCUACGCCUUAUAUCCUCCAGCUCUUCCAAGACCUCCUCAUGUCGCCCUGUUAGGUCUCGGAUAGUCUGCUACAUGGAGAGGGAUCCCAACUCCGCAGCUAGCAUCGCCGGAAAGGUCAUCGGAUCGCUCCCCUUGGUCGGACUCUUUGCCAGGAUCUUCAACGACGAGGGCGGCAUCGGCGGCGACAUCAUCGACUUCGCUGAGUUCCGCCGUCGCGUCGGCAAGAACUGCGGCAUCAGCGAUUCACGAGCCUUCUAUGAGUUUCAGGAUCGCCGUGGCCGGGCAGGAGAUCCGUUGUAUGUUCUUCUCUGCUGUUGGUUAGCUGCCAUUGGUGCUGGUCUAUUGAAAUCCGAAGAGAUACUGGAAGGUGUGGCCAGGCUUCGAAUUUCCAAUGACAUUGAAUAUGAAGAGCAGAACUUCCUCGCAAUUAUGAAUGCCGCAAAACAGAGGCGAGCAAAGACCAAAGCUGCAACCCCAGAAGUUCCCAUGAAGAUUAGAGUAGAGAAAGCUCUUGAUGCUAUAUAUGUUUGUUGCUUUGGUAAAGAUCCCAUUGAAGACGAAGAUGCGAGAUUGCUCUGCAGCAUGCUAAAUGCUGUCUUUCCUUCAGUAGGAAAAUCCGAGAUUGACCGAAUAGUCCGGACCACGGCAAUGGAAUUAGCUGAAGGCAAGAGGAUAAUUUAUGUUGAGCCAAAGCCGUCAUCGAAAGAAGCUCUAGAACGACAACUGAAGGACCUCCAGCAGUUGAAGGACCUGCAAUUUCUGAAAGAGAAAGAUGGUUGAAGUUGAAAGAAAUCCUUCUUUCAAGGGCUUUCUUAUGCAUUUGUAGAUGAGAUGAUGCAUUUUAUUGCUAGAUUUUUUCCUUUUUGUUUGUUAUGUAGAUUAUAUCUCUUGAUCAAAUGUUGAACAUAAGCCAGAAUGUUAUGAACAGAAGAUCACAUGAUUGAAAAUUGAAAAUUGUUUAUUUUUAUUUUAUUGUUA